AUGGUUGAAUGAGGUCAGCUCGGUUUUAGAAAUGUUGUUACUGCAACAGGUAGAUAUUUAGUGACAUACUAUGACAUUGUUAUAGGGGUAGUGGUGGUUAUUACAGUGGUUGUAGGGGGAGUUAUUUUAGCUUAUUUUUCACCUUUAGUGAAUGGGAAAAGAAGGUAUCGUUAUGGAAGGGAGUGUGCUUGAUUAGAAAUUUUAUGAACUGUUAGCCCUGCCGGAGUGCUUAUUUUUCUUUCGUUUUUUUCUUUGACAAAUUUAUACUCUAUAGAGAUAGGUGAAACAAUUGAUUACCAGAGAAAAAUUACUGCUCACCAGUGAUAUUGGGAAUAUGAGUAUUUUUUACCAAAAAGACUUUUUGAGUCUACUUUUAUGCGUUGAAAUUUUGAUCUGUCUGAUCGUGUUGGGAAUCAAUGGUUUGUUAGAAAAGAAAGGGAAAACUAUGAAGCUGAAAAUUUAGGUGGUGAGGUUAGAAAAGAAGGGGAAAACUAUGAGGCUGAAAAUUUAGGUGGUGAGGUUAGAAGUAGUUUCUUAACAAAAAAUUGAAAAUCUGCCCAUGGGAUAGGACCAAUAUUAUCUUCGAGAAGUAUAAAAGCUGCAUUAGUCUUUAUACAUCAUACUCGAUUUCUCAUGGAUGAUACAGAAACCUUAGAAAGUACUACUGUUUCAGUAAAUGAGAGUUAUGAUUGGGAAAUUAGAGGAGAUUGUAGUUUCCCAGAGGUUUUUGGAGAGUCUCAAAAAUGAGUUGAGUUUCUCAAGGCUUAUGGUAAUGGAAAGUCUCCAACUAGUUCUGUUGAUUUGUGAUUCCAGAUGGGAGAGAAAGGAGAAGAAGACCACAGUAAAGUUUUGAGUUCUCUAUAUGGGUAUGAGGGGUUCAAGGUGGGGAGGAUGAAUGUGGAUUCUUAUUUAGACUAUAAGUUGGAAAAAGAUAAUGACGAUAAAUUAGCUGAAAAGAUUUAUGAUACAUACUGCUCUAAACAAGCUGAUUACGAGAUUAUAAAAGAGAAGUCGAGAGGUAGGAGAGUUGGUGCUAGUUUAAAAGGGUCAUCAGACGUUAAGGCUAAAUAUAAUUUUUCCAGGUUUAAUACGUUACUGGAGGAAAGAUUAAAUCUUUUUACGUCUCGAAUAGGCUUAUCAGAUCAAAUGUUUGUUUUACCUUCUAGUAAGACUACUGUUCUUUCAGUGGUUACUUCAGACGUAAUACAUAGAUGGGGUGUGCCUGCUUUAGGUGUUAAAAUAGAUGCUGUUCCAGGUCGGAUAAACUCUUUUCCAGUUAUGCCUAUAAUUCCUGGGUUUUUACAGGGGCAAUGUUAUGAGUUAUGUGGUGUCCAUCAUAGAGCUAUACCUGUAAAUGUUUUUAUUUUCGGAAGCAGGGAAGAGUAUGAAGAUUAUUUGGUUCAUUUGAGAGAAUACGAAUUAUGAAUGAAGUAA